UCCAAAGUCUUCAAGAUGGGUGUACUAGUUCGUAACGCGACUAUGUCUGUCAGUAUAUCUCUCACUGCUCUGCAAUUUGUCGGGUUCUGGGCACCGGAGUAUCUCGGGAAGACACAAAAGCAGCUGUAUACUUACUUGUCCGUCUUUUCGUUUAUGUUUUUACUUGGAACCUACCUAAUAAUCCAAGUGGUAGAUCUCUUCCUGAUCUGGGGAGACAUCGCCAUGAUGACGAGCACAGCUUUCCUUCUGUUCACCAACAUGGCGCAAGCUGCCAAGAUCGUGAACAUUGUCUAUAGGAAGGAACGCAUACAGAGGAUUGUGAAUGACUGUGAUGCUGUACUGUCGCAGGCACAGAGCUUGGAGGAGAAGGAGAUUGUUAAGAGCUGUAACCGGGAGAUGAUAGUACUACAGAUCCUGUAUUUCUCGCUCACUCUAAUCACAAGUCUUGGGUGGGCUACCAGCGCGAAGCCACACCAACUACCUCUGAGGGCCUGGUACCCAUACGACACGACAAAGUCUCCGGCAUACGAGCUGACCUACGUUCAUCAAGUGGGUGCUCUCCUCAUAGCGGCCUACCUGAAUGUGGCCAAGGAUACCCUGGUGGCAGCCCUGAUAGCGCAGUGCAGGUGCCGGCUGCGACUCCUCGGGUAUUCCUUGAGGACCCUAGAUAAGGGGAUGGGCAAUGAAGCGUACACGUUUACUUCUGAACAAGAGAAGACUCUGAGUCUUCGGCUAGGGUCGUGCGUGGAGCAGCAUCAGAAGGCUUUGGACGUGGGUAAGGAGCUACAGGAGUGCUUCUCUGAACCAACCUUCGCGCAGCUAACGGUUUCUCUCAUCAUCAUAUGUGCUACUGCUUUUCAAUUGUCUAUGGGGCAUUCAGACAAUAUGGUGCGUCUGCUGUCGAUGGGCACCUAUCUACUGAACAUGACCUUCCAAGUGUUCAUCUACUGUUACCAAGGCAACCAGCUUUCUGAGGAAAGCUCAGAGAUAGCGGGUGCAGCAUACGAGUGUCCAUGGUACAAGUGCUCGGUGCGCGUACGCAGAGGUUUACUCAUCGUGAUGGUGCGCACGCGUCGCGCGCUCAGGCUCACUGCCGGCGGCUUCACUACGCUGUCACUCGCUUCUUUUAUGGCUAUUAUCAAAGCUUCUUAUUCGCUCUUCACUCUGUUACAGCAAGUUAUUGAAGAGUAA